GCUGAUUGGUUUCUCUCCGCUGCCGGAAAACGAGAGUGUUGAGACUGAAAGUAAAACAAUUGGACUCGAACUGGAGGAGCAGUGCAGACUUUUCUUUGUGGAUUUUAUUGCGAGACGACGAGAGAAAGGUGCCGAGAGGCGUUAUUUACAGCGAGUAAAGCACCUGUUAAUACAUGUAUGGUUUAUUGCGACGGGUCUUUAGGUUUCUCUGCUUGUGUUGAGUUGAGUAGCGCGCUAGCUCAGUUCGCUAACCUGCCAGAACCGUCCAUCACAAAAGCGCUCUGACUGGCCCAGUAACGGUCAAACACAGACUGCAGCUGGACGGAGUGCAGUUCACUAACAGCUCAGCGUUCCCUCAAUACAUACAUUUACACGGUGCUGUUACUCUUAAGGCAUAGCUACUAUAGUUGUUAAGGGCAAUGCUAGCUUAGCUAACUAACAAAGCUAGUUAGCUAGCUGGCUAACGCUGUGUAGACUUGUGGCUAGCUAGCUAUCUAGCUUAGCUAGAAUUGCAAGUAAUUCAGAAUAAUUGUAGGUUUAUAACUGUGGCUAGCUAAUAGUUGUUCCUGAUAAAUUGGUAUAGCUACUCAGAGAUGGAGCGUAGCCACCUGGCCUGGAAAGAAUGACCGCCUUGUCAGAUAAAGCCACAGAAAUCACUGAAAAGAGGCUGAAGUUGGAGAGUGACUGUCCCAGCUGUCUCCCGAAGCACUCUCAGAACUUCACUCCCAAAGGUGAGAAAGAAGUUCCUGGAACAGGAUCACCAAAACAUCAGCGUUACCGUCAAGGUACUUUGGACACCUAUGUGUUAAAGUCAAAAAUGGACCCGGAUAUGGACAAAACUGCCCAGGAAGUGAACAGCAAUGUCACUGGUGGUGUAAAAAACGAUCUUCAUAAACACGAGUGCAGUGAAAAAGACGAUGGUCCGCUGACUGAUGACAAGCUUUUUGAAGUUCAAAGAAAGUGUAAAGAUGUAGAAGACCCCACAUUGCACAGUAUUCAAGAAAGUGUUUUAUUGCCAAACUCUAAUAAAGAUGUAAAAGGAAUGCUUGGACUAAGUCAGGAAGGUAAAACUGUCAGUGAUAAUGAUAUCAUCCAGAAGAAGCCCACUAACGGAGAAAAAUCUCUUGCCUCUAACUCACCCGACACAGACCUCAGCAAAGAAACCCCCAUAUCUACAGAGAAGACAAUGACAAACCUCACCCUGCCUAUGAACACUAGUUCUAAUGCUGAUGUGGAGAUGCUGAGCCCGGAGAGUCCAACUAGCAAAACCUUCCAAUUUAGCAACUCUGGUGAAAGUGCCCCUUCUCCCACAGUAUCUCAGGCAUCCUGUGUUCCAUCCUGCACUCCUGUAGAGACCAGUUCCUCCAUUAAUACUGCAGUUGUAAACCCAGAGGGCGUCAUUGAGAAACCUGAAGAAACGGCCAUGGAAACUGGGGACUGUGAAAUGCAGAAUUCUAGUAUCAGUUCUGUUUUGCCAAAAAUGAAACCUAAGGAAGAACCUGCUGCCAGCCAAUCAAAGCAAGCGCAGAUUCGCAGUGAGCCCAUGCCAGCGCCUUUGCCAUGCAGUGUUAAGAAGUGGUUGGGAACUCCUAUAGAGGAGCUGAGGAGGAUGCCACAGUGUGGUCAAACCCUACCGCACCUCAGGGCAGCAGAGAACCACAGAGUCCUAAUAAGGACAGACCUGCUCAAAGCUGGUGAGGUUCCUGUUCCAUACCCCAGCAAAUUCCGAGAUGCCUGGGAUGAUAUGAAUGUGAAGAUGCCUUGCUCAGAGAAGAACCUGUUUCCUGUGGAGAAUGAGGAUGGAAAUGUAGUGCAUAGUCGAUGGGAGUUGAUUCGCUCUGCGUUGGAAGGUGGAUGCAAAAGUUCACUUGACAUUAAGGAUGCAAUACUGAGUUACAACACUGCUCAUGCAAAGAGAUGGGACUUCACAGCUUUGAAUUAUCUCUGCACUGAUGGGUUGGAGCAUUCUGAGGCGCAACAUCUGUUUGAUGUCAUCCUGCCACAGAUGAUCACGUUAGCCCUGAGUGCCCCCAAGAUUUGUACCCAGCCAAUCCCCCUGCUUAAGCAGAACAUGAAUCAGUCCCUGACCAUGUCACAGGAACAGAUUGCCUGCUUGCUGGCCAACGCCUUCUUCUGUACAUUCCCCAGACGCAACUCGCGCAAGUCUGAGUACUCCAACUACCCCGAGAUUAAUUUCUACAGAUUGUUUGAGGGAUCCUCACCUCGGAAGAUUGAGAAACUCAAAACGCUCCUCUGCUAUUUCAGAAGAAUCACCACUUCAAAACCGACUGGCCUUGUGACAUUUACGAGACAAAGUCUCAGCUGUCCUCCUAAAUGGGAAAGCUUGACUACCCAGCUCACACACCUUCAUAUCACUUGUGAGGGUACUAUAGAAGAUCAGGGUUAUGGAAUGCUUCAGGUGGAUUUUGCUAACAGGAUGGUAGGAGGAGGAGUAACAGGGCUCGGACUGGUCCAGGAGGAGAUCCGUUUCCUCAUCAACCCAGAGCUUAUUGUCUCACGCCUUUUUACUGAAGCUUUGGAACACAACGAGUGCCUUAUCAUCACAGGCACGGAGCAGUACAGUAAAUACUCUGGGUACGCGGAGAGCUACAAGUGGAAGGCCAACCACAAAGAUGAGACGCCAAGGGAUGGAUGGAAUAGGAGGUGUACAGAGAUUGUGGCCCUGGAUGCUUUGAAGUACAGGCACUUCAUGGAGCAGUUCCAACCUGACAAAAUCACUAGGGAACUGAACAAGGCGUACUGUGGGUUUAGGCGGCCCAAUGGUGACACCCAGAACCUUUCAGCAAUUGCUACCGGAAACUGGGGAUGUGGUGCAUUUGGUGGAGACACACGGCUCAAAGCUCUGUUGCAACUGAUGGCAGCAGCAGAGGCAGGCAGAGAUGUAGCCUACUUCACAUUUGGAGACGCUGACCUCAUGCGGGAUGUUCAUGAUUUGCACACCUUCCUCACAGAUAGACAAGUCACCGUGGGCACUUUGUAUGGUCUUCUGAAGCAGUACUUCAACGUGGUGUGUAAGAGCAGUCACAGUCAGAGGCCUGAUGUUAGUCUUUAUGGCUUCAUCUACGAGCGGAUCUACGAGCGGAUCAGCUCAGAUCCUGAGCCAGAGCCCAGCUCUGGCCCCAGCAGCAGCAGCAGCAGCCAUCUGUCCACUGCAGCCUCCUCUGGUCUCGCCGACAGCCAUUAAUGCUGGCCUGCCACAGAGUCGCAUAUCUUUAGAAUUUAAUUCCUCAGUGCUUUCUUCUUCUUUAGCGAGAAAUCUUUUUAGGUAAUUACUUGAGAUGUGAUUUAAAUGGAAGUACUGUAUGCCUUUUUUUCAGCUGGUGAGUAUAUGUCUCAAGUCACAGAACACUAUAUACAAUAUGUGGCCUGAGAAUAUAGCAAUAGUAAUCAUGGUUGCUGGUUAUUUGCAUUUCCCGUUUUACUAGACAGACACAUUUGUGACCAUGGAUUGAAAUGCUUUAGUUUAAGGCUGACUGAUUGACUGAUCAGGGCACAUUCACUAGCCUUGGUUGUUUGAGUGUCAGUGGUGCACUUAUACAGACUCGGAACAGUAUGUUGAACUUUGUAACACUGUAUGCAUGAGAACUUUAAAUGGACAUUGAUUUUCCUCAUUACUCUUGGUUUAUGGAAGUGUAUUGAACUACAAUUUUGAUGUGUUUUGCCAUACAAAGAUCAAAACAGUAGUACUGUAAUUAAGUUUUCAAGUUUGUGAACUAUCCAGAUUAAAUAAUGAAAUACAGUGAAUAUUCACCAGAUGGUGUUCCUUUUGAGAGAAAUUAAAUCUUCAUAUAAUUUAAAGGUACUGUUGCCAUGCUGAGUUGUGGACAAAUUUAUCAUCUAACCAUGGAUUUCUUUUUAGCAAUUUGUUAUGCCCGAGGUUUCUACGGUGUAAUUUUUCUUUUUUGUUUAGUUGAAAUCCUUUUUGAGGGUAGUAAUUUUCUUCUGUUGUAUGCUUUAUUUUAUUAUUAAUAAUUAAAUGGUUCAUUAUGAAACUUCCAACCAA